AUGCCCCUGAGGCGGCAUGCGCCCUCCUGUUCUCUGUUGUCUUUCUCCCUGACCCGGAAACUCGAGCUGCAACAGUCUGACCUGUCCAGUUGCCACGCGGGGAAACUGAGGCUGAGGGUGGCUCCGCCUGGGGAGGGGCCCGGCAAUCGGGGUGGCUCGCGCACCCAGGGUUCCAGCCUGCUCACGGCUCGCGCACCCAGGGUUCCAGCCUGCUCACCGAGUCUCCCCAUGCCCACAGGCUGCAAGAUCAAGGCCCUUCGCGCCAAGACCAACACCUACAUCAAGACUCCAGUCCGCGGGGAGGAGCCCGUGUUCAUAGUGACCGGCCGGAAGGAGGACGUGGAGCUGGCCAAGCGAGAGAUCUUGUCGGCGGCGGAGCACUUCUCGGUCAUCCGCGCCACGCGCAGCAAGGCCGCGGGGCUGCCCGGCCCAGCCCAGGGGCCCCCCAACCUGCCGGGCCAGACCACCAUCCAGGUGCGAGUGCCCUACCGCGUGGUGGGGCUGGUGGUGGGGCCCAAGGGCGCCACCAUCAAGCGCAUCCAGCAGCGGACGCACACGUACAUCGUGACCCCGGGCCGUGACAAGGAGCCGGUGUUCGCGGUCACGGGCAUGCCCGAGAACGUGGACCGUGCGCGCGAGGAGAUCGAGGCGCACAUCACUCUGCGCACGGGCGCCUUCACCGAUGCCGGGCCCGACAGCGACUUCCACACCAACGGCACGGACGUCUGCCUGGACGUGCUGGGCGCCGCUGGCCUCUGGGCCAAGGCCCCCAACACCGGACGCCGGCCCUCCGCCGCCUCUGGCCUGCGCGGGGACGGCGCCCUGGGCGCACCCGGCGGCCCCGAGGCUUUCUACGCUGGCGCCCGCGGGGGGCCCCCAGCCCCUGACACGAGCCCCCCCAGCCCCUAUGGGGGCUCGGGCAGCGGCAGCUUCACCUUUGGCGGGGACGGCCCCAGCGCCCCGGGCUCCGCGCCCCCCGUCCCGGACGACUGCGACUUUGGCUUCGAUUUUCUGGCCCUGGACCUGACCGUUCCCGCAGCCACCACCAUCUGGGCUCCGUUUGAGCGGGCUGCACCCCUGCCGACCUUCAAUGGGGUACCGCCCACCGGGCUGGCCCGCCGUGGCGCGGCCCCAGCAGCCCCGGUCCCCGCGCGCGAGUGCGUGGUGUGCGCCGAGGGCCAGGCCAUGGCCGUCCUGGUGCCCUGCGGCCACAACCUCUUCUGCAUGGACUGUGCCCUGCGCAUCUGCGGCAAGAGCGAGCCCCAGUGUCCUGCCUGCCACGCGCCCGCCACCCAGGCCAUUCAUAUCUUUUCCUAG